AUGCGGAGGCCGAGAGUGCGCGCGGCCGGGCUGGUCCUGUGCACCCGGUGCUACCUGCUGGUGGGCGCCGCCGUCUUCGACGCGCUCGAGUCCGAGGCCCGGCUCCUGGUCCAGAAGCUGGGCGCGCUGCGGAGGAAGUUCGGCUUCUCGGCGGAGGACUACCGCGAGCUGGAGCGCCUGGCGCUAGGCCGAGCCCCACCGCGCCGCCGCCAGUGGAAGUUCGCUGGCUCUUUCUACUUCGCCAUCACCGUCAUCACUACCCUCGGGUACAGCCACGCCGCGCCGGGCACAGACUCCGGCAAGGGUUUCUGCAUGUUCUAGGCGCUCCUGGGCACCCCCCUGACGCUGGUCACCUUCCAGAGCCUGGGCGAGCGGCUGAACGCGGUGGUGCUGUGCCUCCUGCUGGCGGCCAAGCGCUGCCUGGGCCUGCGGCGGCCCGCGUCCACAGAGAACCUGGUGGUGGUCUGGCUGCUGGCGUGCGCCACCACCCUGGCCCUCGGGGCCGUCGCCUUCGCGCACUUCGAGGGCUGGGCCUUCUUCCACGCCUACUACUACUGCUUCAUCACCCUCACCACCAUCGGCUUCGGCGACUUCGUGGCGCUGCAGAGCAGCGAGGCGCUGCAGAGGAAGCCCCCCUACGUGGCCUUCAGCUUCCUCUAUAUCCUCCUGGGGCUCGCGGUUAUUGGCGCCUUCCUCAACCUCGUGGUCCUGCGUUUCCUUGCUGCCAGCUCCGAUGGGUCCGAGCACGCGGCCUGCGGCCCCAGCCCGCGCCACCAGGGGGCGCUCGAGAGCCGCGGCCCCUCAUUGCCCCGCCGCCCGGCAGGCUCCAGCGGCCCCGCUUCUGUCUCCUGCCACGUGCACCAGCUGGAGAAGUGCGUCCGCCACAACCUGGGCUUCUCACCCUCCUCGAGCACGGGGGUCGUGCGCGGCAGGCAGGCACCCAGGCCUGGGGCCCAGCGGAAAUCCAUCUGACAACCCCACCCGGGUUGGGUUGAAUCUGAAACGAGAGGGUCUGGCUUCGGCUAUCCAGGCACCCUCUCCAGGGAUUGGAGACAUAUGAGGGGCCUCCGGACAGUCUUCAGCUACACAAAAUUUCUCAUUACCUUCUGUGGCCAAGUCCCCUCCCUCCUCUCCAAAAAUAUAUUACAGUCACAUCAUAAGCACAAACCAGGCUCGAGGGUCACCCUGUUGCAGCAAACUCCUUGUAAUCCAAAUUGCAUGAGGGAGUGGCCACAUCAGCACCUGGGCGAGGCUCUGCACAGGUGUAUGCCAGAGCCUUGCUCUAGAAAGGCCCUUUAGAGCAACUUUUCUGUUGUGAAGAGGCUGGUUUUCUGAGUCGCAGUUGAAAUGUGCAACUUGCAACACUGGAAUCUUCGCUGGAAUUAGUGAGGUCAGAUGCUUACCCUACAAGAAGCAUGGGGAACAAAGGUGGACCAAAUGGGACAGUGUACAGUCCAGUGUGGACAAGUGGGUCAGUCUCUGCACUUCUUAAACGAUCUCUCGUUCCCUGCCCAGUGUGUAGAGUAGAAUCAGCCCAUGUGUGAAUGAUGGCCUCUUUUCCCCAUAUGGCUGAUGCUCUUUGUGGCCAGCCCCACUUCAGGAUGAGGAAGGCCUUGCUGUCACCACCCACCAUGUCACUGGGCCCACCUGGACACAGCAGAAUGCCAUGGGAUGAGCUCUCUUCUGCGUCACAUCAAUCACCAGCAAUGUGACCUUGGAGAAUUGCAUCCCAUCCCAGGACCUCAGUUUCCACAUCUGUAGAACAACUGGGUUCAUCCAGAACCCUGCUCCCUGUUGUGCAUCUCUAACAGGACUUUCUGGAGCAGGUCCCUGCACCAUAAGGGGGCAGAGACAAAGCCUGAGGUGUGGCAUCCUGGCACCCUGUGGCACUCAGCCCCUCCAAACACCCCCUUCCCUUGGCUUCCCAGAUAGGACUGUCUCAACAAAAAGCAUGAGUGAGCCAGGUUAGAAAAGCCAAAAACUUUAAUUUUUAACAUGAGCUACAUGGUCAUGAACACAAUGCAACGUGACCCCACUCCAACCCAGGGGCCCCAGAAACCCUCCCUCCCUAAAGGCCUGGUUGGCUCCUGCUUUAAGAGAAGGAAUGAGGGAAAGGUGGGUGGAUGGAGAGGCUCCCAGCCUGAGGACCUGGGUCCUGCCUUCCCGCCACUCGCCCAGGAGGCAGUCAGAGAGUGAAAGGGCUCCAGGGGUGAUGCCACAGCCCUGGGUUUGGCUCCACUCUGACCUCACAGAAGUGCUGGGUUAGACGGGCACCAUCAGCCCACCUCACAGGCUUGGCAUCGGGUGAGCUCGCGGACGUGAAUGCUUUCCAUCCACACUGAGGUGCUGCUCCACAGACGUGGGGCCCUCCCAGAGGGCCUUGGAGUCACCAUGGGGGAAUGGGGAGGGGACUCCAUCCCAGGGCCUGACACAGCACUGCUGCUCAAUAAAUAAAUGCAGGUGACCUUG